GAAGCAGUUUGACUCGCCAGAGGACAAACACGGAACAGUCGAGUAGCUGCUGGACUCAGAAUUAAAGCUGAAAACCAACACACGUGGCCAGUUCUGUAGGCAACACUGCCACCUAUUGGUCGGGAUAGACGCAGUUUGAUGACGAUAUAUUUGCGCUGCGGCUGAAAUAGCUUAGCAACCAUCCGUAGCGUCUUAAACAACGUUUUUGGGGUCUAGAGUAAGAAUCGUUGAUUAAUAAUUUGUAAGUUAUAGAAUAAACCUAUCAGACUGGGAUGCCACUGAAAAAGAAAGGAAGUCUACAAACUCUGCAAAGGGAAACAGAGGCCAUCCAGAGAAGGUUGGAUGAGUCUGCUUCAGUGGGGAACUAUGACCAGCAUAAACGUGACGAGGUGGAGGGUCUCUGGGCUCUGCAGGACAGGCUGAGAGCUCUGAGUCUGCAGCUCCAGGACAGGGAUGUGGGACCAAGUUCGAAUGAUGCCGAGGAGGACAGCAUCGGGGAGAAAGAUGAGGAGAGCCAGGAGGAUGAAGAUGAGGAAGAAGAUGAUGAUGAUGCUGCCAAAAACAGAGCAGCUAGUGACGAAGGCGCAGACGGAGCGAGAGUUCCUGCUGAGGGGGUCCCUGGAUCUUACGUGGUUCUGAGUGCCUUCGCUGGAGACGAGGAGGGAGACCUCAGUGUCCAGAAGGGAGAUGUUCUGAGAGUCCUUCAGAAGAACGAGGAUGGAUGGUGGCUAGUCCAGGACUCCGACAGCAACAGGGGCCUGGUCCCCCGAAACUACCUCAGGCUGAUCUCAUCUCAUGAGCAAGAGAAGCAGAGCGAAGAUGAGGAAAGUGAUGAAGAGUGGGAAGCUGAAAACGAACCCUUGGACGUCCAACCAAGCACUUCAUCAGACUGGGAUAGUGUCCGAAAGACUGUUACUGAGAUGGAUGCUACUGAUGUGUUGUCUGCUAUGGGAGCAAUCCCUCCAGGGUUCAGAACCUCCACCCUGUCACGUCUGCUGGAGGAAGGGAUGUCUUACAGGGCCAGUCAUUACAUUCAGCCAAAACUCAGUCAGUCAGAGCUCUGUUUUAAAGACCUCCAUCUGGAACCUGACACUGGCAAGGUUCGUCCCCACUCGUCUCGAGUGUGUUUGACACUGACUCUGUGGAGUUGUCGAUUUAUCCCACCCCCAGGGGUCGGUCUGACGGUCCUCAGUCGACACAUCCGUCUCUGUGCCUUUAAUGGAACUCAGGUCUUGAGCAAUAUACACACAGUCAGAGCUGCAUACAGUCCAAACAGUCCGAAAGCCUGGAGUUUCUCACCACGGGUCCGUGGUAUGCGACCUAGUGUGCUGGAUGGAGACUGCUUCCUCCGCUGUGACUCCCAGUCCCCCGGCCUGGGCAUCCUGUUUGAACUGGGCACCACCUACGUCAGAAACUCCACAGGGCAGAGGGGGAAUCUGAGCUGUGGGUGGUCAUUCCUCCAACUGCUGGAUGACAGUGGAACACUCCUGCCUCUCAGAGAGUUAUGGAACUGUGUGUGUGUGUGUGUGUGUGUGCGCGCCCAUUCAUGCAGAACACACGAGCUCACUGUGCAUGGAGGGACUCCAUAUGAGAGAGAGGCUGAUAUAGAUGGCACAUCUAGUAAAAGAGGCAGUAACACUGGUGUGUUCCAGCAGGUGCUAAUGUCCAGGAAACUACCAAAACUCAGAGUUAACAUCAAAUCCCCAAACACGCGGACCAGAGAACAACUCAAUUUGCUGCCUGGCACUAUAGUGGGCUGUCUGUCCACCCUCCCACUGCUGGCUGUGUACAGACAGCUGCUCGCAGACGCCCUGCUACUGGAGAGGGUCACUAUGCAAAACGCAGAUCUGAUCUGCAGUUCGGUUCUAGCGACCUUCCCUGAGGUUCUGGAUCAGACUGACCUAAUGGAUGCUUUCAAGUCAUGGGUGGAGGCGGAAAACAACCUGAAGAGGUCUGACAAGAAGGACAUCGGCGUUCUGAAGAAGACCUUCCAGAGUGUUUUCAUGAGCGGUGUUUUCCCGCUCCUGUUUGUGGCGGGAAUGCCCACCCCUCUGUGGGCCGACGAAGACGCGGAAACCUGCCGUGCCCGUUUCAUUUACAGCCCCACCCAGAAGAUCACCAUGGAAACCAUGCUGUCCUCCAGUCACACACAUCAAGCCUUCGACAUCUCUCAGGUCACCUAUGACCUCUUGACCUCUGCCUGGAGCUGACCUCUCCGCUCAGUUACAGAUCAGGACAUUUCAUGGACCAAACAAAACUCAAAAUGAAACCAAACUUGAGGAAAGACUCCAAACUUUCAACAUAUCCAGUCAAAUUCUGACCACUCCUUAAUCUGCAUUCCUCUAUUAAUAAAAAAACAAUAAUGAA